AUGUCACCCCAGACAGUCUUCGUCUGCGGGAUCACCGGCACCCAGGGCGGCGCCGUGGCCCACCGCAUCUUCACCAAGCCCGGGUGGGUCGCCCACGGCCUUGUCCGCAACCCCGACGCGGAGACCGCCCGCAAGCUGACUGCCCGCGGCGCCAAGCUGUUCCCAACCCCGGACGGGUACGACGACGACGACACCCUCGCCAAGGCUAUGGCCGGCUGCACCGCCGUCUUCAUCGCCAUGAUGCCCGACUUUGCCGACCCGGACCACGAGAUCAGGCAGGUCCGGUCGAUCCUCAAGCACGCCCGCGAGGCCGGCGCCAAGCGCGUCGUGCUGUCGACGAGUUUCUUGGCGGACCGGCCUUGGGAGGCCGAGGGCUGGCACCCGGACAAGCUAUUCGCCAAGUUCUUCUUGGCGAAGAACAAGCUCGAGGGCAUGGUGAAGGAGGCAUCCGGUUUCGAGAGCUGGACCAUCCUGCGGCCGGGCUUCUUCAUGGCCAAUUUCCUGCCGCCCAACGCCAUCAUGUACCCGGACAUCGCCACCACCAGGGUCUGGAAGACGGCUCUCUUGCCAGACACGCGGGUCGAUAUGAUUGACGAGCUGGACAUUGGCGCGUUUGCCGUUGCCGCCAUCGACGACCCGGGCAAGUUCAACAAGCAGGAGAUCGAGAUUGCGGGACAGCCUCUCACGCCUGCCGAGAUCGCCCGCCAAAUUUCUCAAGCGCUCGGAAAGGAAUUCAAGGCCGAAUUCUACACGGUGGAGGAGAUCGAGGCCCAGAAAGAGAAUCCUUUCAUCCAGGGAAACAUUGCGGCGCGCACCAUGUCUAAAUGUUUCAAUGAGGAUAAGGCCAAUUCCUACGGAAUUCGGUUCGGGACCUUUGAGGAAUUCUUGCAGCGGCGAAAGGAGGACUUUGUGAAGUUUUAUGCGUAG